GUUGAGCAGGACUCCUGCCAAGUGAGUACUUGUGCCUCCUCCUCCUCCUCGUCUUCCUCUUCAUCCUCCAGCGGCGACGCGCGCACACCGAAUCGACGGAGGAGAAUUGAGUCAAUGAUCUUGUUUCUGGACAGUAACGAUCCGCCAGGUCCCGGCUCUCCACCCGCAGGGAUCGAACCGGCUGAUUACCGUCAAUAAGCGGCGCUGAUUUGGAGGCUUUUCCCGCUGAUGCUACCCACUCCAGCGGGCCGGUGAGGAGCGGUACCGACCCGGUUUCUCAACACUUUUGCUCAAGUUGUGGUCAAGGCGUGGUUGAUGCGGAGGUGAUGGACGGUCCUCUCUGCCACCCAGCGGGGAUCCUCGGCUCCCCCACGGUUACCGGGAGUCAGCCCGCGGGCUCAGACAUGCUCACCUCCAGCGGCGGCAGCAGUAAGCCUCUCGCCUUCUCCAUCGACCGGAUUAUGGCCAGAACACCCGAGCCGAAGUCGAUACCGCUCCCCACCUGGUUCCAGACCGCUCCCGCGGGGAAAGCCGACGUGUGCCCGUCAUCGCUGCACUGCAUGAUCCCGCUGGUGCCGCUCGGGUACGAAGCGGGCCACCGGCUCAGCAUCACCGGGCUGGAUCCCAGCCACCUGGACGGCUCUUCUCACCCGGCUCCGGCAGACUUUUUCGGGUUUGGGCUGAACUACUCGAACCAGCAGGAUGACUCCUCCGUGAGCCAAAGCGCCGGCCACUACAAACUCUUCAGACCCCGAGUGGUAAACCAGUCCUCCCUCCCUGCCGUGGGCACCGUGUGCUACCUGAACUGUGGCGGGGACGGCGGGCCGUGCGCGCCUCCGGCCGGGCUGGUCAACCUUCACCCGAUGGCCUCGUACCUCCUCACGGCCCGGCACAAGGCGCUGCUGGCGGACAAGAGCAAGUCGGGGCCGCGGCAGGCCGCGGAGCGCUUUACUGUGUCCGGUGUGCAGGCCUUCAAGGAGCUUUCACCCAGCCAGAUCCAGCACUACAUGAAGGACCGGGAUCACAUGCUCGCGGACAAGAUGUUUAAAGGGUCCGCAGCGGCGGUGGCGGCGGCCCGGAUCAAUGGCUCUUGUCCCGGCAGCAAACCCAAAGUGUUCACCUGCGAAGUGUGUGGCAAGGUAUUUAACGCACACUACAAUCUAACUCGACACAUGCCCGUGCACACGGGCGCGCGACCGUUUGUGUGUAAAGUUUGCGGGAAAGGUUUCCGUCAGGCGAGCACGCUGUGCCGACACAAGAUCAUCCACACUCAGGAAAAACCUCACAAGUGUAACCAGUGUGGGAAAGCCUUCAACCGGAGCUCCACCCUCAACACGCACACGCGCAUCCACGCAGGAUACAAACCGUUUGUGUGCGAGUUCUGUGGGAAAGGAUUCCAUCAGAAAGGAAACUACAAGAACCACAAGCUGACGCACAGCGGGGAGAAACAGUUCAAGUGUUCCAUCUGCAGCAAGGCCUUCCACCAGGUGUACAACCUCACCUUCCACAUGCACACGCACAACGACAAGAAGCCGUUCACCUGCCCCACCUGUGGGAAGGGCUUCUGCAGGAACUUUGACCUGAAGAAACACGUCAGGAAGCUGCACGACCCUGCUGGGGCGCCGUCGUCACCGCAGCCAUGAGAGCCCUGGACACACUCACCCACGUCUCCCCCUGGACAGUCCUCCCAGGUCCGGGUGAGCUCUACAUCCUGGUGUUCAGAGCAUCUGAGGGAGUCAGGGGGAAGACGAUUCACAAUCACAAACUCGUACUCAAAAUAGUGCACUUUUUUUUUUCCUUUAAUUGGUCUUUUUGUUGUUUUUUCCUGAAGUUUUACUGUUUUCUGGCGUUAUAAAUCAGACUCCGGAGGUACGUCCUUACGCCUACACCAGUCUUUUAGCAGGUAAUCACAGAGUUUAUUUCCUGCCGUGAAUAAACCUGACCGAUUUUCUCUUGCACAGUCAGAAAGUUUACCAAAGGUUUGACUUGACCUCUUUACACGGCAGUGUGCACAAACAUUCUCUCAAGAUAAUAUUUUACCUCAACGUUGUGCUUUUGUCACUUCAAAAUCUAAAAAAAUGGAUCCGAGUUUGUUUUGCUUUAGCGAUUGUUUCCGCUCUAAAAUCACAAACUCCUGACCCACGUGGCUCAAACCCGACUCCUCACCAACAGCGUGGCCCUUCAACACACCAUCGGGUGUUUUCCUGACCUCCUGUGACCCGUUGAUGGCCCGUAGGACCUCAUAUGGGCCAGCUCUGACGCAGGCCUGAGCGCUGGCUCUGACUGGUCAGCAUGCUUCUGUCUCUCUGGACUCAGCUCUUCACCAAACCUUUCUGGCAUCUGCUCAUUAUUCACCUCAUCUAUUGUAAUGGUGACUUCAGACUCCAGGACUCAGAGACGUGGCAGCGGUGUAAAAGCACUGACCAGUCAUGUUUGCAUCUCAGUUUAUUGCCAAACUAACUUUUUAUCAGCGUAUUAAUGAAUAAAGACAAGAAAUUCCAUUAAAACAAACAGGAUUUUAUCUGAAACUAAAAACAGUCCCUAGCAAGACACCAUUUGGAAGCAAAAGCUACAGCGAAGACUCACAUAUGACCCGUUUUAGAUAGCCCUAUGAAUGACCUCAGUUUGAAGAAACAGAGAUUAAUUCUGACUGAGUUAAUGACAAGUUAAUAUUUACUCACAAGGUCAGUUUCAAGUGUCAAAAAGCUAUUCCAGCCUCAAAUAUCAUGGUUUUCCCAGCUUCAUUAGGGAGCUGCAGCCAGAAAUGCUGCAGCAGCUAGCUCCGCUUGUGGUGAUAUGUGUUAUACGUGUUUGGUGAAAGCUUAUAAAAAACAACAUUUGCAGAAAUUGCCAUGACGUGUCUUAAAAUAAAGUUGCUUGUGAUAGCAGAAACAUUUUUCUGUGGUCAGAAUUCAUCCCUGUUUCUCACAACUGAGGUCCUUCCAAGCUGCAUGCCUAAAACCAUCUGAACUGUCGCUUCACAGUUUAUGUUCGUAUUCAUUUCAUUGUUAAGGUGUGGCGGGACGGCAGGGCCGUGGCUGCUUCUGGAAUCACUUGUUUUUGUUGACAGCACGAACUCAGAAGCUGAAGACGUUUUUACAGGUCUGUGGCGUAAACUCAGUAUUUGUCCUGCAGGUUCCCUAAAGAUGGAAAACAAAGGAGUGAAAUUCCUUUAGAUGUAAACGUGUCCAAACCCCUCCAACGUGACUCCAUGUUCUUCUCCUUCCUGCUGUUCUGUAAACACAUGGUUGUAAAUGCCCAGGGAUGCUCCGUACAGCAGAGCCUUUGUGACGUCUGGACUGUGUUUGAAUCCUCACACGGACAACAACUUAGAACUUGUAACCUUACUUUAAAAAAGACGUUGAUUUCAGCGGUUUUGUUCAUUAUUGUCAUUCAUCAGCACGUCAGACAUGGAGAACUAAACACGUUACUCAGGUCAGCCUA